AUGCAGAUUCAAGGUCAGAUUGAUGCAGACCCGGAGCAGCUUGUGCUCAUAGUAUCUUACACCACGGAAAUUCAUCACUUCGAUGAGUUCGGCAAUCCUGUCAGAUCCGAAUCGCAGCCUGGGCAGAAGAUCAUUCGUGUGCCCAGAGGUUUAAGAGGAUCAGAGGUUCGCGGCCUCACGCAGGAGGUCAUGGACAAAUUCAGGAAGUAUAUUCCAGCUUCAAAGGCUGGCGAAGUUGAGCAGCUGUUGAUGGCCCUGGCAGAGCAUGAGGCUGCCGGACAACUAGAACAGCAUCAAGGACAGCGGCAGGAGCCACCCCCUCCACCGCCGCCGCCGCCUCCGCCAGUCCCGCAGCAACGCCGACAGGAGCCGCUGCUCCCACAAGCAGACGUGCGAAACAUUGAGGAUUAUGCUGAUCAGCUGUACGAGGACCGAAUGGAGAAGAAGGUCAUCGGCGUGAAGCACAUCCUCAGAGUCUGCACAGAGCCUACGAAUCUGGAAAUCCUGGCCGAGCACGAGAACUUGCUCCAGGUUCUCAGCCGGGAGCUCCGCGAAAACUCCAAAAAGAGUUCCGACCUGUCGGUGGUCACUGUAUGUGUCUUCCUAUGUUUCUCUCAUUUCUCCCAGUUCCAUCCUGUGCUCAUGCAGAAUCAAUGUGGUGACGUCACCAUGCGGGUCCUGGAGUACGAGAGCCAGAGAGCUCAGGUGCGCAGGGAGGACAUGGAAAGAAGACAGCGGAGGGUGCAGGAACUGGAAGAUAGGUGCACGGCCGAGGACAAAAAGUUAUUGGCCAAGGAUGAGAAGAAGUACAAAAUACAGCUGCGCAAGCAGAACAAGCUCAUGCACAUAUGCUUGUGCGUUCUGCUUAACUUGGCAGAGGAAAUCUCCAUCGAAAAGAAGAUGGUGAACCGAAAAAUGCCAGCGCUACUGCUUCAGCUCUUGGACAGGAGUCAGGAGGACUUGCUUUUGGCGGUCCUCACCUUCUUGAAAAAGCUCAGCGUAUUCGAGGAAAACAAGGAUCAGAUUGCCGUCCCUCAGACCUUGAACAACUUGGUUAGACUGGCGCAGCAUCCAAACGCUCGAAUCUCGCUGCUGUCGCUUCGACUCCUGUUCAAUCUCUCUUUCGACGAGAGAGUGCGAGCAGCUUUGGUGGAGUCGGGUAUCAUCAAGCUGCUGGUGGAUCUUCUCAAAAACCCUCCAUUCCGGCACAUAGUCUUGCGGCUGCUGUAUCAUUUCUCAAUGGACGACCGCUGCAAAUCCCUCAUGGCAUAUCAUCGGGAUGGCAUGAUUAUGCUGCUUCAACUCGUCGUUCACUUCCCCGAGCCACGAGUUGGCAAGGACUUGGUGGCUUUGAUGGUGAAUUUGGCUGCGCAUGCACGCGCUGCGGAGGUCAUCGUACAAAGCGGCCUAUUCCCAGCCAUUGUGCUCCGCGUGCUGAAGCACAGGGAUCCUUUGCUCUGUAAGGUGAUCAGGCACGUGGCUUCUCAUCAGGGCGUCCUGGAACAGAUGUACGAAAUGCUGCAGAGCGAAGAUGUCCGGAUGGCCAAGUGGAUGCAUGAGUUCGUCCGCAUGGCUGUGUGUUCUGUUGACAACCCAGACAUGCUGGUUGAGGUGCUCGGAACUCUGGCCAACGUCACCCUGGAGGAGGUUCCGUGGGCCGAGCUGUGCGAGGCUGGUCUCCUGGAGCUCAUGACACGGCUCUUGGUGCCCAGCUUCUCAGAGGAUGAUGUUGUGCUGGAGUGCAUUCUCCUAGCCAGCAAUUUGGCUUGCUCUCAGGAAGCCGCGCAGCACAUUGCCGGCUCGCGACUUCCAGCCUUGAUGCAGGACUUACUGGUGGAGAAGCGUGAGGACGAGGAGAUUGUGGUGCAACUGCUCUUUGCAUUCCACUGCCUCCUACUUCAUGAUGAGGUUCGAGAGUUUGUUCUGCAAGAGACGGAGCUGGCGCCUUGUAUCAUGAGGUUCGCACGCGCACGCAACCCGCUAGUGCUGGAGUAUGCAACCGCCUUGCUGCAGAUUGUAGCAACCACCAACGAUGCUCCGGGUACAGAGGACGGCUCGCCAGCCUGGGUAGAGCAGAUCAAGGCAUUCCGCUUUGAGCAGCACAACCCGGAGUGGUGCAGAUGUGUCAAUCGCGAGUUGAGUGGUGGUACUGGUAUGUCUCCUGGUGGGGCAUACGGUGGUUAUUAUGACGAGCAUGAGGGCAGCGGAGCGGAGGAUGAAGAAGAGUUUGCAUUUCAUUGGGCGGGUGUUGAUGCUGCUGAUCCCCGUGACCUUGCAAAGCGUGACUGGGCCAACCAG